AUGUGGGGGUGACUACAGGCGUGAUGGGGCGGGGGCAAAGCCCCAUGGAGCUCGGCUAGAGGAGUGUGUCCGGCUGCCCGGCCCCUCUGCUCUCACGCCGAGCCCGGCCGUCGCAUGGAGCCGGACCGGGAGCAGCGAUGCCACAGGCCCAUGGCCUUUGACAAGAUGGAGGGGCUGGUGCGGGAAAUGCAGGACCCGGAACACGGAGUGCCAGUGCGAAGCCAGAAGCUUUUUCUGACAUCUAUACCCUCCGCCUUCAUGGGUUACGAUCUGAUAGAAUGGCUGAUGGAGCGCCUUGGAAUAGAAGAAUCUGAGGCACUCAAUCUAGCGAAUCAGAUGUGUCAAUAUGGAUACUUUUUUCCAGUUAGUGAUUCCAAGAACCUGGUUGUUAAGGAUGACAGCUCUCUCUAUAGGUUUCAGUCUGCGUAUUAUUGGCCAUGGCAAAAUAAGCCACCCGACAAUAUUGAAUAUGCAAUUUACCUCGCCAAAAGGACACUUAGGAAUAAACAACGGCAUGGUUUAGAAGAAUAUGAACUAGAAAAUCUGGGAAAUCUGAGGAAAAACUUGGCAAAUAAAUGGGAUUUUAUUACUCUGCAGGCGGAGGAACAGGUUAAAAGAGCGAAAAGUUACAAGAAGGGUGAAAAAAUAGUGACGGAUUCACAGGAAAGAGCAUACUGGCGUGUCCACAGGCCACCCCCGGGAAUAGUUAGCUCCUUAGAACAGUGUCCCGUGCCCACCAGGUGUAGAAAUGGGACCAGAUUACGAAAGAAAACCAUGGACGAUUGUAAACGAGAGGUGGAAUUACUCAAAAACAGUUUGCUCCGAACCCGCAUAAAGACUUCGCAAGCUUUAGAGAACAUGGUGCAAUAUGUUGAAACAUUCGCGGAAUACGAUCCCAUGGUGACCGGAAUACAGCCAUCCAAUCCAUGGGUCAGCGAUGACAUCACCUACUGGCAAAUGAAUAGUCCGUGGGUGGAAGCUCCGACUGAAAAAAGGAUAAAAAGGUGGGCAAUUUCGAUCGAAGAAUUAAUAUCGGACCCGACCGGCGUUCAGGAGUUCACUAACUACCUACGAAAGGAAUAUAGUCACGAGAAUAUUAGAUUUUGGAUGGCUGUCAACGAUCUAAGGAGGUCAGCUCAGUCGCAGAUACAACGAAAAGUGAACGAAAUAUUCGAAGAAUUUCUGGCACCUGGCGCCCCUUGUGAAAUAAACAUCGAUGGAAAAACGAUGGAAAAGGUUCACCAAGAAAUGAGGAAUCCGAGUAGGUUCACAUUCGACGCAGCGCAAGAGCACGUGUACACGUUGCUAUUGAAAAAGGACUGUUAUCCAAGAUUCGUUCGCUCCGAACAUUUCAAAGGCCUUUUGGCCGCCGGUGUACAGCCUCUUCAGAAAAAACGGUUUUUCGGGUUUGGUCAAACGAAAAAGAAGGCAUCGACCAGCACCACGCCAAAUCCAUCGCUCCUCCAACAGCAGCAGAAUCCUCAGGGCAGUGGCAUUACUUGCGGUAGUUUGUCAAAAAGGCGCGGCAGUGACAGAAGCCUGUCUGGAUCUGCACACGAACUUGCAAUUUCGGGGGUAAAGGACACGAGAGUUGCCCAUUCUCAUUCCCAAAGUAAUCUCAGCGACAUUCCGUACAGAGGUGACCUACCGUGCCAGUCCAAGAGCCAGGCGACGCCAACGAACGCAACGGAAGUAAAUGACGAGGCGACACAAGAAGACCCUGACAUCAGCUCAACUAAUGUAAACCCCAUUGGUGGUCGUAGUAUGAAAAAGCCCAGCAUUGCGGUAGCAGGAGUCUCCACGUCCGAAGAUGUAUGCCCGUGGGAUGUUUUUGCAACUUCGGCCGCCGACCAACCGUCGAGAUCGAGAAAGAAUUCCACACAAAUGGAAUCGGGAAGCUCCUCGUCAGAUCUGAGCACCGCUCUUACAGAUGUCGGUGACCGGAUGCGGAAAUCUUGCGUUCUUACGCAACAAUUUACCGUCGAUUGUGAUCGAAGACCUCCUUCGAAAGUAUUGAUGGCGGCAGGCACAGAGCAGCGCCGUGCUUCGGUUUCCGUGCCAAUUAGAUUUACGGAAAGCAGUAACAGGCCCUCGUUGUCCUCAUUCGAAGAAUCAGGCCCAUCGUCCGCAGCAUCUCCUUUAUUUAGUGAUAUAGACAAUAAUAACAAGCGCGAUGGAGUAUGCGCCUCCAAGACAUUGCGAAAAAGCUCCAGUUUGACGAAAACGUGUUCAGUGAGUGGCAUCAGUCCACCCAUAAUUAGCGUCAGUUCCGUGAUCGACGACGUGGCGUCGACUGCGAAUGUCGCGACACCGUUAGCCGAAACGGCGGGCCGAAAGAGUGACGAAAAUCCAGCGUCUCCCAUGACAGAAAUUCCUUGUACCAGUCAACAGCAAAAGCAACAACAACCUCUGGCGCCUUUGGCGGAACCCGACGCUGAAUCGCCCAUAAGCGAAAUUGUUGAAUUCGAAACCGUCACUUCAAAGGAAACAGAAGCCAAAAGUAAUGAUGUGUGUCCUUGGGAAGACGAAGAAACAUGCAGAACAGACGCUCCAUUCGUUAAGACUUACGUCACAUUCGGGCAUCUUUAAAAUGCGCAACUUUGUACUUCAAUACCGGAUGUUUUUCUCAUUCAUUUGAAAUUCCAAUAAUCAAAAAUACGAAUAUUGCAAAUCCUCAGAGAUAUUAGCGUUUUUUUACCUUUCAACAAAAUAUUAAAUAGUCAUUCCUUAACAAAGUAAAGAUAAAUCAGAUUCGUCAAUGGAUAAUUUAAACUAUCAUAUUAAAGUCAUCGUCCUUUGAAAAAUAAUGUACAUUAACUGAUUGCUUUCUGCAAUUGAGCCCUGUAGUUUGCAACCAGCGUUACUUUAUUUUUUUAAAGGACACCCCUAUUCCAGAAACGCUGGUAGUAUCACUUCAGGAUCGUUUUAAUAAUUAUUAAUAAAACUUUUACGUGUCGAUGUUACUAUCUGAUAUUCAUGUUCUAUUACUAUUCGAUUUCAAUGUAUGUUCUAUGAAUGUUACAAAUAUCCUAAAAAAAAAGAAAAAAACAUUAAGCAAGGUCUCUUUGGUUAAAACGGUGCAGUUUCCAAAGAGUCUCUUUAAAUAAUACAAAAAAUAGAUGUUACGUGUAUUUAAAUGUACUUAUUGCUGUACCGUGACGUGAGCUAAUCGUAUACAUUUUUGUCUACCCAAAUAUCACAUAUUAUAUUAUAUUAUAUCUAUUAUUUAUCGUAAUAUCUAACAGAGCACGUUUUGAAAAGAAUUUUCUGCACAAUUUACUUAUAGCUACUUUUAGACAAGUAAUUUCCUCUAUAAGCGGUGUCAAUGUCUAUUUUAGUAAAAUGAUUGUCUAGAUGUCACAUACUUAGUUUUAUGUGUAGGUGUUGUACUAUUAGUAAGACAAACGUAAUAUGAUAACGAUCCUUAUUUUACUAUCAGGGAAAAACGCAACUAAUGCAGCAAUUAAAUCAUCAUUAAAUCCAGCGCACCCUAUGCUAGCACAGUCUAGUCUAGCAUAACCUAACCUAACCUAACAUAACCUAACCUAACAUAACCUAGCCUAACCCGGUCAAACUUCCGCCAUGCUACCUUGCCGUACGUUCCCUUCGUUACCAACCCAUUCUAACAUGACCAAACAUAAUACAAUCCAACCCAAGUCAAUCCAGCGCAAUCUAUGCUGGCCUAACCUAACCUAACCUAACCUAACACUUGAACAAAUGAAAUGCAACAGAGGAGGACAAUUAUUAUACUGUUCACUCGUACGAGAUUCGUGCACAAGCGCUCGUUUUCAAGUGUUUGGAACGGUUGAUGAAAAAAGGUGACCAACUUUAGUCCACCCACAAUCCCGUACAGUGAAAACUACUGUUCGUAUAUGACUCUCGUUUGAGUGAACAGUAGAAUAGUCCUCGAAACAAAAACCGUUACUUCCAUGUCCUUAAAGAAAACUUAAUUUCAAGCAUUUGUUGAAAAGAAAUAAUAAAUAUUUUGAAGUGUAUAACUAAGGCUUUUGUAAUUCGAAACUUGCUACUACAUCUCUGAGGGUUUAAAGCAAUAAACAAAUAAGUUACAGCUUUGCAACCCCGUGAUUAAAUAUUUAAAGGAUUUUAUUAAAAAAAGUGUUCGCUGUCUGUAACAGUUUACCUUAAAAAAGGUAAAAUUUGAUCAACGAACGAUGGUUUCGAACCGAUGAACUUAUGACAGGGCCCUAAUCUUAUAAUUAGGCUAUAUACCGAUCUAGACUCAAUUGUACGCUAUUGCGCCAAUAAGUAUAAUAACCAUAAUAACGUAUGUCCGGUGACUUAUCUCCGCCAUUUUUGAAAAAUAAGAAAGAUGCAUUGUCCUGAAUUGUGAUUGUAAUGUGCAAUAAUGUGUUGCUUCACAACACUCUGUAUUAACAAAAAACAACUGCCCACUAGUAUAAUUAAAUGAAAAAUAAGUUAGUCCCGCCAUUUUUUGAAUAAAUUCAUAUGAGUCAUGUCAUAAAAUAACCAAAUCUACUAUAACGUAGCCUAAGGUAACCGAAAAAUUACUAAUUUUAAAAAAAAUGUAUUAAUAACCUAACCUAACCGAAAAAUUACUUAUUUUUAAAGAAAUAUAUUUGCAAAACAGUAUAUUAAAGCAAAAGACUCGCACACUUCAGCACAACUCUUCAUUUUUAUUUUUCAAAAUGGCGGAGCUAUGUUACAGGAGAUUGAUAUUUAGAACACAGUGUUGAAUUUUAUAAAUCUUAUGAAUCCGUUAGUAAACUCCAUUUACUCCAUUUUAAUGUGUUACCUAUUAAGGUGUAUAACAAACACUAUUUUAGAUUAUAGAACUGAAUAAAAAAAUUUAUUGUCUAAUUAUGUAACAUUCCUCGCUUAUCAUGUGCUGAUUGUAAUUAUUUGUUCUUGAACAUGUAGCAGAGGUACAUAAUAUUUUUCACAAUCAAGAAAACGAAGAAACUUUUCCAAUUUUUAUUCCAAAUAGUCGAACCUAACUGAAAUAAUUAAAUAUAUUCAUUCAAAAACCUUAAUAACAAUCAUCAUGAUUAAGAUGAAGGAAUUAUUAUUGAGAACAGUAAUUUUUUAAAAUAAAAUUAAAGGUAUUAAAAGUUACUAAUUUUGUCAAAAUAAAAUACCUUUGACUUUUAAAUAUCUGAAUGUCAAAAUAUACUUAGUUUUUGAAAAUUUCAUAAUAUAAGACACCAAAGUAUUGGCGCUAAAAAUUAUAUGAAAAGCAAAAAUACAGUAUCACUGAUCUUUCGAAAAUCGAAGGAUUCAGGUGAUGGCUUUAUUAUAGUGGCGAAAAUUUGCUUAUCCGCCGUAAAAGUAAAUCUUACAGAUUACACUGGUGAUAAUACGUGCUUAUUUUUUCUUAGAAUGUAGAAAUAUUGAGUAAUUAAAUAAAAUUAUAAUUAAGUGGAAUUGUUAUUAGAAAAUGCUUAAGAGGUUUAAUAUAAUCGGCAUACCUAAGUGUUAAACUGUGGCCUAAUAUUAUUAUUACAUGGUACGGUACUUAAACAAGAUAUUUCUUUUAAUAAUAAUCCUUUAACAUGUUUCAUUAUUAUCUAGUAACACGCGCUUGCGAAACAACAGUGUAAAUUUAAAUUAAAACGAUUAAAAGCGUAGGCGUUAUCGGCCGCAAUUGAAACUAUUAACGUCUUAAUUUCGAUAUUUUGAAACCUACCCACAAUUUAAGGAAAAAUCCUUCUGCUUCAAAUUAAUCCUGAAAUUAUCUUGUGGAGUCGAUGACAAAUUGUCACACUUAACAUUCCACCAAUCAGGACAAUACAAUAAGAAGAUAAAUAUCUGUGUAAUAUUAUUUAUUAAAUGAAUUAAAAAGGGUUAAUGAUUACCUUCGAUAAGAAUUUAGUUUAAGUCGUUGUAGUAAUGUUAUUGAAAGGAGUAUCUUAAUAGUCCAUUUGCUAUAGGUACUAUUUCGAAAUAUUAUCUAUUUCGAAAAAAACAUAACAGUUACCAUUAUGUCAAAUGUAAAAGUUGAUAGUGUUAUUUUUUGUAAUGUGUAUAGUUAAAAAAAUAAUAAAUAAAACAGUAAGUAUCCUAGAACUGACACGACCUCUAUUGUAACAUGUGGUAUAGAUGAUGAUAAUAAUAAAUACUGCAAGAAAAAUCAACAUGUUUUGCUUGAGUAAAAUUUUUGUCGUUUCCAAUACUCAUUCAAAAAAAAAAAAAAAAUGAGAAAACAGAAUACUUAGUCAACUUUCAUAAACAUUACAAUGUGAUCUAAUACGUAAAUAUUUAAAUAGUCACAAUUAAAUAUUACCUUCAGAAAAGUUAGACCAGCAGUUGUUCUACUACCACAUUAUUAUCUAAAGAUGGCAACAGUGAGAACAUAGUGAUGUGUAUAUAGUUUUAUAUUUGUAAGUAGAACAUUAUUACUGUUACGUUGUAAUUUUGUCUGAAAUGAAACAUUGUUGACAGAUAAUUAAACUUAAGUAAUUGU